CGGACUGCCUCAUCUGAUCCUCCUUAUCUCAUCGCGCUGGCUCCAUUUGCUCGAUCAUUCUCUUUGUUGGCCCUUUCGAACCUCUGUUUAUAAUUGUCAUGGUCGACACGGCGCGGGGUGCUUUGGGGUGCGUGGAAACAACAGCGAGCCUAGUGUCUCCGCAUACAUUGCGGUGAACGACCUGCGCCAUUCUCAUUAUCGACCCUCUCUUUCUCUCCCUCCGCUCUUAUCAACCCUUGCCAGCCAUUCCAUGAUCCUGGUUCGCCUCCGGAAACUCAAAUAGACGAAUUGUUCUCGGAAGCCACAAGGUUUUCUACUCCGACAAAACUCAUUCUUGUCUUUUGUCAAAAUGUCAUCCCCAAGGAUGUCUGAUAACGGCGAGGGCUCCUCGUCUCAACGUCAACGUUCAUCGUCGCCGAUCUCCACGUCUGCGAUGCGCUCCGGAUCUCCUGCACCAGACGCUUCGUCAUGGAGGCAAGCUUCGAUAGCGCGUCUAGCAUCGCCAAUUCCUUCUCCCUCAACCUCCUAUUCGUCUAGGCAGUUACCGCUCCCCAUUCAGUCAACAGCGGGGACCAACCAAGAUCUCCGGAGAGUCGACAAUCCAUCCUCUCUGCCGGGGCCCGGACAAUCUAUGAUUGCGUCUGCGCUCCAAGACAACCUAGGCCGAUCACCGCCUCCACGGGUGGGUACCCCUCCGAAACGGACCGCGUCGCCUGCUCUCCUGAACCAGCCCGUGAGGUCGAUUUACGGUUCCUUUGAUAAUACGGCUGGGAGGGAGGGCUCGAUAUAUUCGGCUGGCCCUUUCGAGGACCCAGAAGUUGUCAAGAGGCACCUGGUGCAGCCGCAGAUCGAGAAUCGGGAUACCCAUUCUUCUGGGGGUGUUACCAGCAAUACUGAGGACGAGUUCUCCAGUCUGCAACUCCAGGGCGGUGACAUCACGAGGCAAGUGUACAGAUGGGCGGAGGACGCAGAAGCCGGGAGCUCGCUGCGGAAACCCCAUCGGAGUAGGAGCUUCAGUCAUGCUCGGCCUGCACCCGAGGAUGACACGAUGAACAUUAACAGCAUUCGUGUGCCAGGGGGGUUCAGGAGAGACUACUUGCGACGGGCGGUAGGCCCUGGAGAUUUGGAUGGCUCAGGAGCGCAGGCUGCUGCUGUUCAGCAGUUCCCAACAAGCAGCUUUCUCGAAUUCUUGACACUCUACGGCCACUUUGCUGGUGAAGAGCUUGAAGAGGACGACGAGGUCUUGGGCCCCGAUGAGUACUUUUCCUCCGAUACUUAUGAUGAGGCGGAAGGCAGAGAACCAGGUGAAGACUCUGCCCUCCUAAGGCCGGACACGGCUGGCAGGAGGAAGCGUAAGCCGCGCGGUGGAACGGGGACCAACACGAGAACUGGAGCAGCGUUACUUCUACUCAAGUCCUUUGUUGGCACAGGAGUCUUGUUCUUGCCAAGAGCUUUUCUGAAUGGCGGAAUGUUGUUCAGCAGUCUGGUACUGCUUGCCGUGUCACUUCUCAGCUUUUACUGCUUCAUUCUUCUGGUUAAUACUCGGUUGAAGAUCGAUGGUUCUUUUGGUGACAUUGGUGGCGCACUCUAUGGGAAGCACAUGAGGCGCAUUAUCCUCGGAUCCAUUGUUCUGAGUCAAUUGGGCUUCGUGUCGGCGUAUAUUGUUUUUACUGCCGAGAACCUGCAAGCCUUCGUUCUGGCUGUCAGCAAAUGCAAGUCCUUCAUUGACAUCAAGUUCAUGGUGUUGCUGCAGUUGAUCAUCUUCCUUCCUCUCUCGUUGGUUCGCGAUAUUAGCAAACUCGGUUUCACUGCUCUCAUCGCGGACCUGUUCAUCCUGCUGGGUCUGGUCUACCUAUUCUACUACGACUUCCUGACCAUCUCGUCCCAAGGGGGCAUCGCGGAUAUUAUUUCUUUCAACCCAUCCACAUGGACACUUUUCAUCGGAACAGCCAUUUUCACGUAUGAGGGAAUUGGAUUGAUCAUCCCAAUCCAGGAAUCAAUGAAGCAUCCCCAGAAGUUCCCCGGUGUUCUUGCGAUGGUGAUGGUCAUUAUCACGAUUGUCUUCCUCGGCGCUGGUGCAUUCAGUUACGCAGCGUACGGAUCAGCAACGAAGACAGUAGUCAUUCUUAACAUGCCUCAGGAUGACAAGUUUGUGAAUGCGGUCCAAUUCCUGUAUUCGCUGGCAAUUCUGUUGAGUACCCCGUUGCAGCUUUUCCCGGCCAUUCGAAUCAUGGAGAACGAACUAUUCACUCGCAGCGGCAAGUACAACCCCACUAUCAAGUGGAAGAAGAACUGUUUCCGUUUCUUUCUCGUCAUGAUCUGCGCGUUCAUUGCUUGGGGGGGAGCAGAGGAUUUGGACAAGUUUGUUUCGCUUGUGGGAAGUUUUGCCUGUGUUCCCUUGAUUUACGUUUACCCGCCCCUGCUGCACCUCAAAGCUUGUGCUCAAUCGAGACGGCAGCAAAUCGCCGAUAUCGCACUCUCCAUCUUCGGCGUCCUUAGCUGCUUGUAUACGACUGCCCUCACGCUUAACAACUGGGUCAACGGAGAGGAUGUCAAGGCUCCCGGAUACUGUGACUCAUAGUCAGUAUACAAGCCAUAUCAAUUGUAUCCCUAUUCCUUUGGAAUCCGCGCUCUGGAUGUGAAUGACUGAUGCUAUGUUGCGAUAUUAUCGUGAUACGAUGAUCGAUAUUUGUUCCCUUGGUUACCUAGUAACCCCUUGUCUGAGUAAGCUUUUUUUUUGUUCUCGUUGCUGUUGGGUCCUUAUCUACAAUUGGUAUAGACUAGAGAUGAAAUUGCCAGUACAUAUCUCUCCUGUAAC